CUCCAUGAGAGAAUUCUUCUCCAUCUGAGUGCUAAAAAUCCCAAAUGUCAAGGCUAAUGACCAGACCCAGCCGAUCAUCAAGUCCCAAUACGAAUCCAGAUCGAGUCGAAUCACCAACAAGCUCAAGAUCGGUGACACAGACGACGAACGGAUCGCACCAAUUCGUGAUCCAAGGAUACAGUUUAGCUAAAGGAAUCGGAGUAGGGAAACACAUAGCAAGUGAUAAUUUCUCCGUCGGAGGUUAUCAAUGGACUAUCUUCGUCUACCCAGAUGGUAAAAAUCCAGAAGAUAACUCUUCUUACGUCUCUGUGUUCAUCGUUUUGGCUAGUGAAGGUACUGAAGUUAGAGCGCUUUUUGAGCUUGCUCUUGUUGAUCAAAGUGGUAAAGGGAAGCAUAAGGUUCAUAGCCAUUUCGAUCGGUCGCUUGAUGGUGGUCCUUACACGCUUAAAUAUAGAGGAAGUAUGUGGGGAUACAAGCGUUUCUUCAGACGUUCCUUGCUUGAGACAUCUGACUACCUUAAAGACGAUUGCUUGAAAAUCAAUUGUACAGUUGGAGUUGUCGUUUCAGAGAUACAUUGCCCACGAUUACUCUCGAUUCAUGUCCCAGACUCAGAACUUGGAUCACAUUUUGGAAAGUUGCUGGAUACUUUAGAAGGUUCAGAUGUCACAUUUGACAUUGCUGGUGAGAAGUUUCAAGCUCAUAAAUUGGUUUUGGCUGCACGAUCUCAGUUUUUCAGAUCGAAGUUUUACAAUGUCCCAGAAGCAAGCAACAACGAGGUAGCGAUCAGCGAUUUGGAACCUAAGGUUUUCAAGGCCUUGUUACACUUCAUGUAUAAAGAUUCUCUCCCAGGAGAUGUGGAACCAGUAACGGCUCAUUCAUUUGACCUAUUAAGGCUGUCCGAAAUAGAUGAUACACUGAUUGUAAAGCUUCUGGCAGCUGCGGAAACGUACAAUCUGAGUAGGCUCAGAUUAUUGUGUGAAUCUCACAUCUGCAAAGCCGUAUCUAUCAGCUCCGUAUCCAAGAUCUUAGUUUUAUCCGACAAAUAUAAUGCAACUGAACUAAAAAGCGUAUCCCUAAAAUUCACUGCAGAAAACCUAGCAGCUGUUCUGCAGACAAAAGCUUAUGAAGAUCUGAAGGAUGACUGUCCAAACCUCCAGUCUGAGCUACUAAAGGCGGUGGCUGGUUAUGACGAAACAAGUAGCAGCGGAGGAGGAAAGUCUCAGAGUGUUUGGGCCCAACUCUCUGACGGUGGUGAGACCAGCAGCCGAAGAGUCAGGCAGCGAACCACUUAGAAGAGCUUCUUCACAUGUUGUAAAACAAAGUACAUUGUUACAUAUCUUUUGCUUACCACUCGUAAAAAGGUUAACCGGUUUAUCUUUUAUGGCCCGUUAUAUGUACCGAAUGAAAGGGAAGCGGAGUC